AUGCCUGCUCCAUAUAAGCGUAAGAAACACUCUGGGAAGAGACCGGAAGAUAGCCAUGACGCUAAAAGACCAAAACAGAAACAUGGAAGACAGGAGAUGAGAACAAUUACGAGGACAGCGAGAAGAGUACGUCGCGAUGAGGAAGGUGAAGAAGAUGAGCAGGUUGAAGAAAAUGUGAACGAAGAGUUGGAAAGUCAAGAUGACGACAUAGAAGAUGGGGGUGACAUUGAUGAUGAUAAGGGUAAGGCGUACGAUGCGUUGUUGACGUUAUUAAGUGGCGAUCACCAGGAAGACACCAAGAAAAACACCAGCGUACGAGCAGAACCAGAGCAGACGCAAGAGAGCGAAAGUGAAAGCGACGAAGAUUCGGGGGACGAUGAAAUUGCAGGUGCUAACGUGGAUGAUGACAAAGAUGUCGACGAAGAGGGACCUGAAGAGGACGAUGGAGAUGACGAUCAGCAGGACCCAUUCGAAGUUCAUUUCAACCAGGUGAGCGAUACAUUUAUAGAGGAACAAGAAAAAGUGUUGAAAGACAAGCCUAAAUGGACAUUUGCUGAUAAAAAAAGCAUGGAAGAUGCGGGAUAUACUUAUACGUUCCAGGUUCCGCCUAAUCCUAUAAAGACAGGGGGAAAGGUUAAAGGCCAAAGUGUGAAUAAUUAUAGCAUUAAACAGAGACUUGUGAGUCCAUUCGAGAAGCAGCAUCCAGAGUCUCUUAAUGAGUUGGAAGGUGUCUUGUUGGAUUCAAUGGUGAAGUAUCAGGAUAUUAAUUAUGUGUACAAAACAUUCGACAACGAGUCGUACAAGAAACUUUAUGUUUUGCAUGCAUUGAAUCAUAUAUUUAAGACAAGAGACCGUAUAUUGAAAAAUAAUAAUAAGUUGCAUUCAUAUCAGGAGUCAAUGAAGAAGGGAAAGACUAAUAUUGAAGAACCUGAGCUUAGAGAUCAAGGUUUCACUCGUCCAAAGGUGUUGAUCUUGCUUCCUACCAGAAAUGCGUGCUAUGAAAUUGUUGAAUUGUUGAUUAAAUUAUGUGGUUCUGAACAGCAGGAAAACAGGAAGAAGUUCAAUAAACAGUUUUCCAGUAAGGAAACCCCCCCAGACUCAAAACCGGAAGAUUUUAAACAUUCAUUCAAAGGAAACAAUAAUGAUUUUUUCUGUAUUGGGGUGAAAUUCACCAGAAAAUCACUUAAACUUUAUUCCUCAUUCUAUUCGUCCGAUAUCAUAAUAGCAUCGCCUAUCGGACUCUCUAUGAUAUUGGAAAAUCCAGAUAAGAAGAAGAGACAAUAUGAUUUCUUAUCGUCUAUUGAGGUAUUAGUUGUGGACAGAGCUAAUCAGAUUGAAAUGCAAAAUUGGGAUCAUGUCAAUACAGUGUUCAAAUAUUUAAACAAAAUUCCUAAGGACUUUCACGACGCAGACUUUUCUAGAAUUAGAAUGUGGUCUAUUAACGACCAAGCUAAUUUAUUAAGACAGAAUUUGGUUUUCAGCGAGUUCUCCACUCCAAAUAUCAAUAAUAUUGUAAGCUCAAAGUCACUGAAUUUGUCAGGGAAACUUCGUUUCAAGCCAGUAACCACGUCUAAGAAUUGUAUCAUGAACUCAAUUGGAUUAAAAUUAAAGCAAAUAUUCCAAAGAUUUGAAAGUAACUCUCCUAUGACUGAUCCAGAAUCAAGAUUUAAGUUCUUUAUUAACUCUGUUCUUCCAUCGUUGACGAGGUCCACCUCGUAUGACGACGGUUUGUUGAUUUUCAUUCCUUCGUACUAUGACUAUUUAAGAAUCAAGAAUUACAUGAAAACAUCAACCAAAUUCACAUUUGCUUCAAUAGACGAAUAUACUUCCCAAUCCAAGUUAUCCAGGAAUAGACAACAAUUUGCAUCAGGAAAAAUCAAGAUUAUGCUUUAUACUGAGAGAUUGCACCACUUCCGUAGAUUUGAAAUCAAUGGUGUUAAGAACCUCUUGAUGUAUGGCCUCCCUUCUAAUCCAAUAUUUUACAAAGAGUUGGUCAGGUUCAUUGGUAAAUCUGUGUUCAGAGAAAUUGCCGAUUUGGACUUGUCAUUUAUCAAAAUCCUCUAUUCGAAAUGGGACGCUGUGGCCCUCGAAAGAAUUGUUGGUAAUGAAAGGGCACCCGUAUUAUGCAACUCUGUCAAUGAAAUGUAUGAAUUCAGAUAA